GCAGGUAAGCAUGAAAACAUAAUCGCAUGUACAUAGGCACGUGUUACAUAGGUGCGCUGGUAGGCACAUUCACAUGUUUGGCUUCUUCACUGGGACAUUUGGCCGCGCGCAUGAGCCCAAAGUGAAAACCACCUCCCCCUCUUCGUGAGCAUCGAACCAGUUAACACGCAACCUUUACGGAAGCUAGCCGAGGAAACUUCUCUCCGUACAUGCAUAUAUCCAUCCGUGGCUUAAGCCGCUUUGAGGAGCCUGCCCCCCUUUUUGCUUAGUACCAACCCCCAAGGAAACUCACCUUGGCGUGGAACCAGAGCGAAAGGUAAACUAGCGAAAAGGCGCUCAGAUAAACUAGCGAAAAGGUGCUCAGAUAAACUAUCGAAAAGGCGCUCAGAUAAACUCUCACGUUUGAUCGAGAUAAUUGCCCGAAGGAAGGAUACACCCCUCUCCCCUCAAAAUGAGCGAGGUAAUUGUACCACGGAGCUUCCGCCUGCUGGACGAGUUGGAGCGUGGGCAGAAGGGAAACGUCAGCGAGGGAGUGUCCUUCGGACUGGAGAGUGCCGAUGACAUUACCCUUUCGAAUUGGUCUUGCACCAUAUUUGGGCAGCCAGGGACCGUUUUCGAGAACAGGAUUUAUUCGCUGACCAUAUUUUGCGGCGACAGCUACCCAGACGCGCCCCCCACGGUGAAGUUUGACACGAAGAUUGAGAUGUCCUGCGUGGACGCCGCCGGCCGGGUCAUAAAAAACAAUUUGCACAUAUUAAAAAACUGGAACAGGAACUACACCAUCGAAACGAUUUUAAUCGCGCUCAGACAGGAGAUGCUGUCGAGCGUCAACAAGCGGUUGCCGCAGCCCAACGAGGGGGAGAUGUACUGACUGGGGUGGAGUCCAUUCGAUUGGUCAAGAGGGGGGAGCGGUAGAAGAAGAGGGAACAGCGGGAGGGCAGAGUAAAAAUGGGGAAAACCCAGGGCACCAAGAAAAACCCCCUCUUUGCAAGUCCCACCCGAUUAUUUUAACGCCAAUAGGGAUUCACCAAUUUGUUGCGAAGAAGCGUGUGAGUGUGUUUUUUUUUCUCCGUACAAUUUUGCAAAGUUUUUUUUUCCUUCACAACUGUGCAACGUUUUUUUUACUCCUCACAUGUGUGUACUUUUUUGGCAUGCGAUGUGGCCUUUACCACUUCGUUUGGAAUUCCCACCGCGCACCUCCCACAUGGACACGUCGCUUUCGCUUCACUUAACGUGUAACUAGUG